AUGUCUGGCAACAUGCCGAAGGAUAACCAGGACAGGUCGUACUCCAUGUACCCGCCUACAUCACCAGCAGUGCCUCCCGCGAGCAUGCAAUACCAGAUGGGUGUUUAUGGUAACCCAAAUAAUUUUGCACAGUACGGUUACGGCUACCCCAUGCCAAUGGACAUGUAUGCAAGCCAAGGAGCUCCUUUCAUGGGCUACGGAAUGAAUCCAAAUAUGAUGUACUUUGGGGGAGCCAACAGCGGCAGCGCGGCCGCCGCUGUGCCACCCCCCACUGGGCAGAAAAGAAAAUAUUAUGCUAAUAAGAACGAAGUUGGGAACAAGAACAGCGAGAACCAGUAUUACGGCAACGGCAGUGGCAACAGCAAUAGCAAAGUGGGCUCGGCAACAGGAACAGCUGCAGCCGGCCAUUUUUCUGCCAACGGGGCCUCGAAAAGUGUGCCAAUCACUAUCAAAAACCAGUACAAGUUUGAGCUUGGCAACAGCAACUCUGUGAGCACCGCUGGUCUGAAACUGAAAUACCCUUUCUUCGCCAAUACUGACGCAGAGAGUUUCCGUCACGCACAAGAUGCUAGAGCUCAGAUAACGCUCGAUGCUAUCAGCCACAAGCUGGGUCCUCGGCUGCAGUCAUCAUUCCCAGACAUGGAAAACGGUAUGAGCGUUGAGGACGGUAUCGAAGUCGAAGCUGAUGGUAAUGUUGAUGUUGAUGCCAAUGCUGAUGCCGAUAUUGACACAGACAAUGUCCAGGAUAUCACAGACCAGUUCCAAACAGCUCCUGCCACGGCGCCAUCUUUCCAACCGGAGGUGCAAUCCACUCCCAAAACGCAACCGGCAUCCGAGGUCAAAGAAGAGACGAUUCAGCCAACCGAAAUACCAGCUGUUGCAGCUCCAUCUAAAAGUGUAAAAUCUUGGUCUGCAGUGGCAUUGGGAGCAGUGGGUUCAAGUGGGUCCUCCAAGGUCGCCACUGCUUCUACCACGGAUAAAAAGGACAAAAAAUACAUUCCACCAACCAUAAAAAGUUUGGAACCAGUGGGUGUCGUCGCAAUCAGAGUUUGCUUCGAUCCCGAGUACGUGAAAUACACCACAGAAAAUCUCAAAGGUUCGGGUAUGGCACUACAAACAGUGGCUCCCAGAGGUAUUGUCAACUCUGGAAACAUCUGCUUUAUGAGCUCCAUCUUGCAAGCUCUACUAUUCUGCCAACCUUUUGUCGGCCUAAUGAACCUAAUGAGCGUCAAAACACCGGCCAAGAUGGGUCCAACCGGAUUGUCUCUUCUUGAUGCAUGUCUUGAGCUUUACAGAAAGUUUGACAGACAAACGCUAGAAAGGGAAAAAGCAGCCAGGGCUGAUAGCGGCGUCACAGGUAUCUCAAGUCCUUUAGCCGACGCCAUCAACCCAGAGGACUUUUAUAAGGCAUUGUCAAAGCUACCCAAAUUUAAGGAUCUGAGAUGGGGUCAUCAAGAAGAUGCCGAAGAGUUUUUAACACACCUGCUGGAUCAGUUGCAUGAGGAGUUUGUUCAUUCUAUCUGCAUGCUCUCUGAGAGCGACAUCUCCAAUUUGAUCAGAAGCAUCAACGAUGAAAACUCCAAAGUGGUGUUGAUCAGGAACUUGGCCACAUACAAGAACGCUGAAUUUAUCAAGCACCCUUCUAACGAGUUAAAGAGCUUGCUGGACAAAUUCGGCAUAGCCCCCGAUGACCUUGAAGAAGAUCAAGAAAAGGGCUGGCAGGAAGUCAGCAGCACAAGCAAGAAAGGAAAGAAAACCAAAACCGCCGCCAAGAGAACAGUUAUUGUCGAGCCAUCACCAAUUUCAGUGCUGUUCGGAGGCCAGUUUCGCUCUGUUCUAGACGUUCCACAAAAUAAGGAACCUCAGUCUAUCACACUGGAUCCUUUCCAAACUAUUCAGCUAGAUAUCUCUGACCCUAGCGUCGAUGACUUGGAGAGUGCAUUCCGCAAGUUCAGCGAAUCUGAGCAAAUACCUUUCAAAACCUCCACCGGAAAUAGCGUGGAAGCUAAGAAGCAAACCUUCAUCGAUAAACUUCCACAGGUUCUUCUGAUACAACUCAAGAGGUUUUCAUUCAUCAACAACACUGACAAAUCAAAAAUUGUCAACUACAAUGCAUACAGUGGCCGUGUGGAAAAGAUUCGUAGGAAGAUUCUUUAUCGUCAUGAGCUGACAAUACCCAGCGAAUCUAUUUCAUCAGUAAAUUCGAACUUUCACAAGCAAAACGGUUCCAGCUACAAGCUCAUAGGCGUGGUGUAUCAUCACGGUGUAAGUCCAAGCGGUGGCCACUACACAUGCGAUGUUUUCGACGGGAACCUCAGCAAGUGGUAUAGAAUAGACGACAUCAGCUUGCAGGAGGUAGACAAGGAGGAUAUUCUUAAGGGCGGAGAGGAAGGGAACGACUCCAGGACUGCCUACAUAUUAUUGUAUCAAAGAGUGUAG